UCUUCUUGCUUGCCAUGGAGGCUGCCAUAUCCGUAGUCACGGGUGAACUAGUGAGUCGUUUCAUCUCCUUCCUCAAAAACAAGUACAACUCCUCCUUGAGCCAUGCACAAUCAGAGAAGAUGGAGGAGAGACUGCAGCACCUCUUGAUGAGAGUCAGCAUCGUCGUCGAGGAGGCGGAUGUGCGGUACAUAACCAACUCUGGGAUGUUAUUGCAGCUCAAAAUGCUGUCAGGGGCCAUGUACAAAGGAUACCACAUGCUGGACACCAUGAGGUUCCAAAACCACCAAGAGAGUGCAUGCUUUGACAAGGUUAGAAUCAACGACUCAUCUAGCAACAACUUGUAUUUAUCCAUUCCUUUCAAGCGUUCUCGGACAAAAACUGAGAUGGAUGACAAGGCCAUGCGCCUCGAGUCAGAUGGUGCCUUGGAAAGCUUAGAAAUUGUUGUUGCUAACAUGACAGAAUUUGUUGUGUUUCUGGGUGGAUGUGAGCGCAUGUCUCGUAGGCCAUAUGAUGUUCAUCUUUACACCAACAACUUCAUGUUCAGCCGACAUGCUGAAAAGCAAAAGCUCUUGAGCUUCUUGUUGGAGCACAAUGAUUUUCAUGCACCUGCAGUUCUUCCAAUCAUAGGUGGUGUUGGAGUUGGGAAGAAAACAUUGGUUGCUCAUGUGUGUGCAGACGAAAGGGUUCGCUCACAAUUCUCCACUACUUUGCACUUGAAUGGAGACAACCUCUUGACGGUACUUGACCAUGGAGGGACCAUGUUUCGGAUGAUCUUGGUAGUUAUAGAGUUUGCUUCUGAUAUAGGCGACGAUGACUGGAAAAAGUUUCACUUGUUUCUCAUAAGAAUGAACAAAGGAAGCAAGAUCAUCAUCAUAAGUAAACUUAAAAGAUUAGCCCGGUUUGGAUCGGUGCAACCUAUUUUCUUAAGUGUUUUGUCUUAUGACGAGUUUAGGUAUCUUUUUAAGACCCUAGCAUUCGGGAGCGUAGACCCUGCAGAACAUCCACGACUACUGCAAUUAGCAGAUGAGUUUGCCAAUCAGUUGCACAAUAAGCAAGGUUCACUUGUAGCAAUAAAUACGUUCUCACAUGUGUUGAGAAUGAACCUCACUAUUCAGUUUUGGCGUUGCAUAUUUGACAAGAUGACAAGGCAUGUUAAAAGAAACCUCUUCAUACAUGGUGCGCACCCCAGCGUGCUUAUGGAACAAGGCCUUCCAGUCGACAUAACGGACUUUGCUUUGCAUCCACUUACUAUGACAAGUUAUACAAGUAAUGUUCCAAUCAAGGAGAAAUCACCAAGUGUGACAUUUGCAGAGCUUCUAGCAGAUCCUAGUGUUAGACCAGAAGGAGACUUCACUCUAAUUAGAUAUGAAUCAAGGAUACCCCCUCAUAAAUCAUUUGUUCAUUUUGUUACAAGUCGUGCUCAGGAUACACAUGAAGGUAGUAGUAGUACCUUGCCAGGGAGGAAGCGACGGGGUGUGCCAAUCUAAUUUUGUUUUGGGACUCGUGUAAUGUAAAUCUUAUUGUAUUUUUGGAUACAUGAUAAACAUAUGUGUUCAUGUAUCAUAUAUAUCAAUUAAAGUACUGUAAAUUUGUAUUAUG